CGCGAAACAGGGUUCCAAGUUAAUAAAUGACCGACUUAUCCUGGAAUGGGACAUUCCUGCCAUGAAUGGAAUAAUUCAUAUUAUUGAGGGGCCUUUGAAAGCUCCACCUCCAUCAAUCUUGACCGUCUCUUCCCGCAAGACCCAGACAUCAAACACCACAGUCAUUUUCUCAGUUCUUCUUGUGUUUGUGUUGAUUUCGAUAGCUGGAGGGAUGAUCUACUGGUUGUUAAAACGCAGAAAUAACGGUUUCCAGUUUCAGUAUUUCAAGGAUAAUGAUGAAGAUGAAGCCGUGUCCUCUGGUACAAGAAAGAACCUGGCAAUGGUCUCAAUCCCAAAUCCCCUCUUUAGUGGCUUCAGUGUAUUUGCAGAUCCUUUUAAUGAAGCGGCAGAUGUCGACAAACUCAGAAGCACAACACAUCCUUGAUUAACUGCCAUGAGAGCCAAUAGGAUGACCUUCCUGAUUGACAGUUUAUUGUCACCUUAUGCAAAUUCUCUGG